AUGGAUGAAUUUACUCCGAGAUAUUUGAUGUCAGAGCUAAAUGACAAUUCAACUUUCGUCAUGAAACGCGUAAAAAAUAGAGACGGAACGAAAGAACAAAAGCUUAUGAAUGCGGAUGACGUAGAUAGGGAAAUUGUUGAAAACGGUCUCGGAAUAUAUGAAAUGCCAGCAGAUGAGGUACAAGAAACUCCACAGGAAGAAGUUCAGAUACAACCAGACAUGGAAGAAAUAGUUCAGCAACAACAGCUAGAAGAGCCUGAAGGAAACGAACAAGUCACUCCUUUGGAAACUAACUUCACAGAACUAGAUGAAGAUUUGGAACAGCCGAAAAAUCUUGACCCUCAACAAGAGUAUGCGGAGAAUAUGGAAUAUUUCCAAGAGUCUAAAAAAAAUUCGGCUGACAUAGUAGAAGAAUAUCGAAAAAUGUUUGCCGACAUACAAAAGACUCCAACACCAGAUGAAAAUAUUCAGCAUAGAAUGGAAGUACUGAAAGAAAAUGUACACAAAUACAACAACCCUUUUUACUUACGAGCAUUUAACGUUCAAUCUUCGGAUGAACUCGGUGAAAAUAAAAGGUUAAAUUUCAAGAAAACAUAUAGAAAUGAAACAUUGUUUAAAGUUCAUUCAGAACCUAACCAAGAUGGAAACAAACCUACUUUUGUUUCUGCAGACGAUGGAACUACAAUGAGAUGGGGUCAUAAAGCUAAUCCGGAUAGGUGGUUCAUAAACUUACAACCACAAUUCCAAGAAGUUGUAGACGCAAUGGAAUUGAAUGGUGAACGAGAUAUAGCUGGUAUUUUAAGCGCGGCUUUAAUGCCAUUGAAAGAUAUGAAAGAUGCAGAUAUUUUGGACCAGUAUGAAAUGAACAUGGCUGAUGGAAAUAUAACACCUGACGUUCUAGAACAUUUAUCUCAAAGAACUACACAGAACCAUAGAGAUGGUAUAUUUGG